UAAUUUGGACUAUGAAUUUGUGUAAAAUUAGGCAAAGAGAGCGGUGGGAGAUUCGAACGUGGGAGAGAGAGUUAUUCCAUUCCAACAACAACAUUGCAGCAAGAAGAAUGAAGAAUCCAACCCCAACCUCCCUCAAUAAUAAUUAAUUUAAUAGUCCGAACUUGUAAGUGGGUAGUUAAAAUAAAUCCUGACAAAUUAAUUGACGAAUUUCCAUAUAAGAUUAACAACGCUCCUUGUCCGCAUUUCUCACUAGAGCGGAUUAUUCGGACGAGGAGGCUGCAUUGAAACAAAACCAGAACAUUACUUUUUACUUUAAACUCUGUGUGUGCCCUUGAAUACAAAAAAUGUGCACAAAAAUGUUGUUGCGAAAGUUGAGGCCUUGAUGAAAUGUUUCGACCACCGUAUGUAGACUCCUAUAUGGGAGGACAGUUGGACUACUUGGGAAUACCUCAACCCCCACCGACAGACUCCAGCUGGACCUCGUGGACGGAUGACAUCCCUCUUUGUGUUCAUACAGGUGUAGGAUUUGCACAGAAUCAAGUAUAUCGCCGGGACGGGCACCGCACGAGUGAGCAUGAGUUGGAAGAUGAGAGCUUCCAUUUCCAGUUGGAUGAUGGAAACAUUUGUCUUUACGGUGUAUUUGAUGGACAUUUUGGUCCUCAAGCAGCAAAAUUUGUAGUACAAAAGAUGCCAGCGGAAAUUAUUCUGGAUCAGCAGCUGACUGAAGCGACGACGGAAGAUAAGGUGCGAGAAGUAUUACGACAAGCGUUCCUCUCCGUGGAGCGAGAAUACUUUAAUGAUGCGAUCGGGGCUAAAUUGGCAGAACGUGCGACAUACAUUUCCGAAAUGACAUAUGGCGAAAGCCCCUAUGAUACUUUUAGAGAAUAUCCUCAAGUCUUGGCGGAACUGAACAAGGAGGUAGAAUCGGGCACGACAGCCGUUGUAGCGCUAAUUUUCAACGGGAAACUAUACGUGUCUAAUGUUGGGUGCUGCAGAGCCCUACUCUGCCGAACUGAUAAAGAUGGCGUCCUAAAAGUCAUCCAGCUCAGUGUGGACCACGACCUUCGUAAUCAGGACGAACUCGAGAGAUUGAAUGUCAUCGGUCUCAACCCAGAUGAACUUCGACGUCACGGAAAAAUUGGAAAUCAAACGAAUACGCGUUGUCUCGGAAAUUAUUUGGUUAAAGGUGGCUAUAAAGACUUCCGUUCGUUGCGCAACGCGAGGAGCGAGCCAGUCGUCCCUGAUCCUGAAAUCCACCCUGCUGUUAAGGUGGACGAGUCAUUUCGUUUCCUAGUUUUACUCUCAGAUGGACUGUACCAAGCGCUCCGAGAAGCAUCCGAGAGUGACCAUGUUGACAUCCAGUUGGCAAAGAUGAUUGUUGAAGAAUUUAAAACCCAGUCUACCCUCAAUUUGGUGGCUCAAGCCGUAGUGGACAAAGUCUCCCGAAUGCAUCACGACUAUUAUAUGAAUAUGAGCAAUACGCUACCCAAAGUGACUCGUCGCGAUGAUAUGACCCUGCUCGUCCGUAAUUUCAAUAUUCCUUUAAAAAAUGCAACAACCCCAAGCAGUUCGAAGGUUAUGAAUGGUUACUUUUUCCCGUCAACAACCGGACAUCCGAAUGACUGCUCAACCCCCAUAAAUCUUACCCUGGAAACAAUCCCGUCUCCAAAAAUUAUAGGUAAUUCCUCCCCUUUUCCAACAAAUACGGAAGCAACUACGAGCACGGAAAGCUCUGAAGUUCUAACGCAGUCAAAUCAUAAACUACCUUUGGAUGAGAAUGGUCGAAUCGCUCCCUACGUCGCAUUCACGGAUUACUAUAAGAAUCUUCCUUCCAAAUCCUGGACUGAUGCUGACCUAUUUUCUUAGGGCAGAUAUUAUGUCGUCGUCAUUCUACGUAUAUGCAUAUAUACAAUAUAUAUAGACAGACUAUCGCAAACUAUAAAAAUGCAAUUUGCUGAAAUUAUCGGCCCAAGAAGAGGAGAGAAUAUAUAAAUGAUGUUAUAAUGAUAUGUGCCUAGCAAAAAGUAGAGAGACUUAUUGCAUUUUGACUUUGAUGACCAUAUUCAAUCAAAAAAUAUGUAAUCUAUCAAAGUCAGUACUAAGGUUUACCAUUAAUUAAUUAAUUAAUCUCGCUUUCGAUUAACUUUGUUGCUCUUUAUUAUUAUUAUGUUAUUAUUAUUAUUAUUAUUGUUACGCACCCCGACGUACGUCUUUUAUGAAAAUGUUUUGUUCAUCGUUGCACACACUCUCUAAUAAUAUUGUACUGUGACGACCCUUCCCAGAAACAAAGGAUGAAUUGUUGUUUUAUUGAUUUUUAAUAUGUUGUUUGACAUGCAAGUGACAUUAUGGAAAUAAAAUAAAAACCGCAUAAGUAUACACAAUCA